AUGUCCGCUCCAGCCCCAAACCCUGUUGUGGCGCCAGACCAUGUUCUUGCGCUGCUCGAUCGUCUACAUAAAGAGUCCCUUACACAAGAAAACGCUCUUCCGUCGACUUACUUGGCUUCUGGUGGCUUUGAUGACUUGAUGCGAGACAAGUUCAUUGCCUUGGAUCAAGAUAAAUGCCAAUUUGUCUAUCAACUUGCGAGAGCAACCGGCGCUCGUAACAUUGUCGAGAUCGGCACCAGCUUUGGGGUGUCUACUAUCUACCUCGCUUUGGCAGUGGGAAGUAAUCUCGACCGCCUUGGAGGUGAGGGUAAAGUGGUUGCUACAGAAAAAGAACAUACAAAAGCCGAGAAAGCUCGUCAAUACUGGCAAGAAGCUGGAAACGAUCUUGUAACGCGCCAUAUCGACUUGAGAGAGGGAGAUCUCCUUGAGACGUUGACAAAAGACAUCCCGCAGAUUGAUCUUAUUCUCCUUGAUAUCUGGGCCCCUGUUGCCCUUCCGGCGUUGAAACUCUUGGAGCCAAAGUUGAGAUCUGGAGGCGUUGUUAUUCUUGAUAACUCGAUUUCCUCUGCUACCAGAUAUAAAGAAUUACUGGAACAUUUGAGGUCUCCGAAAAAUGGGUAUACGAAUCUGACACUUCCUUAUUCCAAAGGUUUGGAGAUGUCUGUUAAACUGUGA